AUGUCAUCAUCAUAUACAAAGGAACUCGACUGUUUUGGUAAUGCUUGUACUACAUGUGGUCGUUGUCGUGAUUGGAAGCACACUGGUCGUAAUUGGUAUCGUGCUUCAGAUGCCACUUGUAACGAUUAUCGUUAUUUUCAUUAUUUAAUUUAUCGUCACCCGCCUGCUUUUCAACGUGGUAUCGGUGGCCGCCUUAUUUCUCAUUAUUUUCAUCGUGGUCGGGGGGCAGGUGUCAUUAUCUUUGACACUCCAACUCACACCGACUAUCAUAAUUUAUGUGAAUGUAGAAAGUAA